GUUCAAAUGAUUUUCUGAAUUGCAAAUCUGAUUUUCGGAAUGACAUCUUAUCAAGAUCACCAGUCUUUCAUUCCUACAUCUCCAAAGUUCCCUCCAAUUUCUGCAGAAAACUCUGGAAUUGUUAAUGCAUCUUCGUUUGCCAAACGACAAUCAAGCUCCCAAUGGAUCGGUCCUCUCCGAAAAAAGCUUGAUUACUCAAUAUCCUUCAGUGGUCAGCCCCAUCUGGAAGAUGUAGAUGAAUUGAUAACAGAAAUCAUCCAGGUUAUGAUCAAUGCUUUGCAACCUAACUCAUCCAAACAGACUUGGCUUGAUUUGAACCAUGUACUUGCUGUGAUUCAACCCUACAGUCAUUUUGUUGCAUCUGCCUCCAUAUCACAUUAUGUGGAACGAUUAUUUUUACAUUAUGUCUCCAACAUGGAUAAGUUGUUUGAUAUUCCAAUCCUGGAUUCACUUACCAGCGUGUUUCCUCGAGAUAUUUCAAGAGCGAAAGCAAAGUAUGGAGUGUCACCUGAUGACUGCAGUGCUGCUGUGUUUUACAAAUCAAAACUUCUUUCAAAGUUGGUUGACAAAAGCAAGGCAAUUGAAGAUGCACCCAAGACGAAAGCAGUUACAGAGAGCAAGUUACCUGAUGGGAACAACCCGUAUGCUUUAUUGAGGCAAGGUCAGGAACCGGAAUCUUACUUUAAAGCUAAACCUCUUACUAUAAAAACAUUCAGUCAAAACAUUGGUAAAGUAGCCAUGGAGUCGGCUGCAAAGGAAUCAACAUGGGUGGAUCAUAACAGUUCAACAGUUGCCGCUAUUUCCCUUGAUUUUCCAUCUGCAUUCCAACCACCUACAACACCCGAUAUUGAACCGCAAUAUUUACCAAUACCUCGCACACAAGUUAUUCCCGACACGGCAGAACCUUGUGCAAAAAAAGCCGAAGAAUUUGUCCCAAUAUCUGGCAGACAAGCAGUGGAGUUGUUUCUACAACAUAAACAUUUGCAUAAAGUCAAGUUCAUUUAUCUGAACAAAGCAACGUCCAGACAUUAUAGUCCAUAUAACUUAAUAUCUGUUCCACGAGACCAUGUGGAUAAGGAACAUUUCAUCUUCUCUUCUUUUGGAGUUCUUCACAUUUUACCUAAUGGAACAGAUUCUGAAACCUUCACACUUGCUGAGUGGAAUAAUAAUGCUGUGUUAUGGAAGGCAGUGCAUAGCAUUCCAUUCUUUCAUGACUAUAUUCCAAAGAAGUGCUUUAAAAGAUGGUUCUCGAAUGUCAAGCACAUCCGAUACAUGAGGAUUCGUCGACAAAUCACUUCCUUGCUACUUCACGCUAAUCCGGACUUUGGUUCCGCUCUUCUUCACAUCUUCCGUCUCAUCCAGGAGUUAUCUGAGAUCGACUUGCUUCCUGAUAAACCAAACCAAGUUUGUCAAUAUUCACUCGCAGAAUUUGAAGCUGACGCUCAUAAAUUAAAAGUUGAUGCAGAGAACAUUCUAGAACUUUUCUUUCAAUAUUGCAAGAAAGUGGUGGACACUACAAGACAAGCUUGCUUUGAGAACCUCAAAUAUGCUGAACAGCAAGCAAAACACUCCCAUCCCCUUUAUGUGAAGGAGUCACUUUACAUUCAAAGAAGAAAAAGAGAAGCAAGAGCAAAGAAUCUUGAAAAGGCGAAACAGAUUACCCAACAAGUUCCAUCUUUCAUUGCACUCGCAGACCAAGCCAUAUCUGUGCAUUUAGUUGCAGUUUGUAGGGUUGCGAUUACAAGAUUUGUUGAAAGUGUUUUAUGUAUGACUGAUGUAACUGAAGACCCUGAAGAUAAUGUUUCUGUUACCUCAGAAAGCCAUAUCACUGAAAAAGGCACAAUAAGCUCCAAAGAAACCGAAUCAAUCGGAACAGUGUUUGCUACAAAGUUUGUUUUUAAUCGAGAAACACACGAACUUGAAAUGAACCCUUCAACUGCAAAGUUUAAAUCCGUGAUGAUGUCAUCAAUAUCCAACAUCUUCAACCUUGUAUGUCACGAAGCUCACUCCUUGAGCACAAUCUCGAAGUCCAGCAUCACUUCAAGGAGGCCUGGAUCAGCUCCAGCAUCUAUAGGAUCUUUUUCGGAUGCUGGUUCUUCAGGUAGAUCAACUGUGUCCUCCAUAUCAGUGGACAUGGAGUCAGUACAGAGUAAAGACUCACCAGAUGUUAAAAUAAAACAGAACAAUUCUUCAAAAGAAGUUGAAAAAGAACAAUAUUAUAUGAAUGUGCCCAACACAGCAGGCUUAACUGAACCACACGUGACUCCCAAGCAACAACCUACGAAAGCGGAGGACAAAGAUGGAGUUGGUACACCUGAUCUUCUUCUAUCUUCAGGAGAAGGAGCAAGACUUGGUUUAUCAGUUGGUGGUCAGCGAAUGAUGGGAAACUUCAACCCACUUGAUCACACUAAACUGAAAGAGAAAAUAAUGAAUGACCCAGAGAUUGCUGCAGCCACUUCAAAGCAAGUUAGCUUGGUAGAAUCAGCUCUUCAGGAGGUUGAGGACUUCUGUGAGGAGCACGUGUGGAUCAGGGACAUCAAGAAGUUUACAUCAACGUGGAAUGAACAGGAACUUGCCAAGUUGAAGAAAAAACCUGCGCGAAAAAUUGAAGAACUGCUUAUUCAGGUCAAAGCAUGGAGUGAAAAGGUAAAAAACAUGGAGCGAUCAUUGGUGACAACAAACAGGUUGAUAUACGUUGAUUGUCGCCAACCUUACAAUACCCUCGUACCCGCACUCAACAUUAUAUUCAAAAAGAUAAUACACAUGGCAAUGGCAGAAGCAAAGAGUUUGUCUCAAUCAGUGAGUAGCAAUGCCAAGGAAUCAUUGAAGGUCUUAAGCAACAAAGACACGAACAUGAAAUCCUUUGCAGCUUAUGCAAAGAAAGUAACAGACUCAAUCAAAUCCAAACAAGAAAUGUCCAACAAAGUUACCUACAUCAGAUCUCUGUAUGAAGUGGUAAGGAUGACAUACAGACAACUCACACAGGAAGAGGAGAAAUUGGAUGACAGAGUCAAAUCAACAUGGGAGGCUUUCCUGUUUCAGUUGAAAGAUGCUUCAAACUUUGUCUCCAACCAACAACCGAUAAUCUUGAAGAAAUUACACGAUAUUUUCAAUGCUUAUUCUGAACAAGCAGAGAAAUUUUCUUGCAGUGCAUUUGAAGGAAUUGCAGUGGAUCCCACCACACCACCUGCUAAGGUUAUCAGCCAUCUCAACCUGUGCAUAUCAAACUUUCAUGAAGCAGAAUCAAAAAUGAUUGAACUCAGUCGAUACCAUGAUUCUAUAUGUGGUGAACCUUAUGAUCUUACUCAUAUGAAAACAUGGAGUGAUAAUCUUAACAACAGACUCAGUGUGUGGAAGUUUAUUGAUGUUUACAACUUCACUGUGGCAGAGUGGGGAGCGACUAAUUUUCGUAAGUUCAAUUGUCACACUGCAAUAGAGAAGAUGCAGGAAUGGCAAGUUGUUGCAAACAAUCUCCAAUCCUCCCUUCCACCUAAUGAUGAUGUGCUUGGAAUCUGGCGCCAGAGAGUAACAAACCUUUCGAAAGAACUUCCUCUUCUAAGCCGUCUGUCAAGUGAUGCAAUGAAAACUCGCCACUGGAGGGAAGUAUUCACAGGCAUGGGGGAGUCGUUUCAGUCAUCAGCUUCUUUCACCGUGGAUGACAUCAUAACCUAUAAACCAUCAGAUCAUUCGGACAUUAUUAACAAAAUUUACAAGAAUGCUUCAGCAGAAUAUUCUCUUGACCAGCUGUUGUACAAAGUGAAGCAACAAUGGGAAAAACGACAAUUCCAGCUUGCUAAGCAUAUCUAUGUUAUAAAUAGUAUGGAUACACAUAAUAAUGAAGAAGUAAUAGACACAGGUAAAAUGGAAUCCGCAGGUUUCAAACACAAGGAAAGAAAACUAUCCUUUAAAGAACCUGCAAUGGCAAGGGAAAUUGACAGCGGUACGUACACACUGGUUGGUGUGGAAGAAAUUCUUCGUGAUUUGUCCGAUAGUCAUGUGACUUUACAAGGAAUGCUCCAAUCAAAACACGCCACAGAAAUUCGAAAUGACGCUGAAGUUUGGAGUGAUACACUGCAGCAGAUUGGAGAGAUUGUACAGUUGUGGGUAUCCUGCCAAGACAAGUGGAUGUAUUUGAACAAAGUGUUUUGUGGAGAUCACAAUUUGUUGUCCAGACUUCCACAGAAAGCUGAGAGCUUUAAAUCAAUUGAUGAGCAAUACAGAGAGUUCAUAAAAGCCAUGGUGCAGGACCCAAAAGUUCUCUCUGUGCUGUCAAGGAGACACGGUCAGCAUGGUUGGCGUGAGAUGCAAGGUGAACAUCUUCGUAAACAUUUAAGUUCAUGCAAUAACUCAGCAGAGAAGCUUCUGUAUGAUGUGUCGUCUCUUCUAGAGGAAUUCAGAUCCAAAUUUCCACGGUUAUAUUUCCUCUCUGAUGACGACUGUGUGUGUCUUCUUGGUAUUUCCCGUCAACCACGUGCGUUGUUACCUUACAUACCAAAAUGUUUCCACGGCGCGCAGUCACUUUUGUUCAGCUUACCUGGUCUCCAUGGUGAAGUACCAACUGCUAACGCUUCUGCGCUUGACCUUGAAUUGCAUUCACAUAAGUUACAAGUCACACAUCUGGUUGGAAACUUAAAAGAAAUUUUGAAAAUUGAUGCGAUUCCUGCACAGAGUGAUGCUGUGGUGUGGUUCAAUCUGCUUGAAAAGAAUAUCCAGCGUGCUAUCACCAAACAACUCAAACAAUGUGUUGAAGAAAGACUUUCUCAAGAUUUAGAAAAUGUUUCAAGUGUACUUGAAGAAGUUUACGCAACAGAGAUGAUUAAGAAGGAAAAUUCUUCAAAAGAAUACAGACACUGGCUGUUAAAAUACACAAGUCAAGCGGUUCUUGUGAGCAACUCAAUCUUAUGGUUCCGUGAAUUAUCUCGUUUAUUGAAAUAUGGGAUGAAGAAAGAAGAUUUGGAAACUUUUAAGAAAGAAACAAUCCACAAGUUCAACCAGUUCAGCCAAGUAAUGCAAGAAAAUGGAAUCCACGUCCAAAAAUCUGCUUUACGGUUGCGACUCCAGACUCUCCUGUCAUCCCUUGUGACCCAAACAGCUUAUCACAGAGAUAUUUUAAGAACAUUUGAACUGAGUGAUGUAAGAUCUAUUGACUCGUAUGAGUGGAACAGAUUGAUAAAGCACACAGCAGAUGUGGUUGAUUAUACCAACUCAGACUUAAAGAGAGAGAAAAUAUUGUUUGGUCAUGAUGAAUCUAUACUGAACAGAUCAGCCACAGCAGGGCGAUGUUUCGUAGAAGUCCUUGGGGACAAGGAAGCUUAUGCAUAUGAGUAUCGCGCUAUGACUGGUGUUUUGGGUAAUACAUCUGGUGCAUGUGUUGGAACUGUUAUUACACCAAUUACAGAAAGAUGUAUGUUGAGUCUUAACCUGGCAAUAAGAUCACGUAAAUACGGCGGUCUAUUUGGUGAGACUGCUGUCGGGAAGUCAGUUGUUGUUUCUGAACUUGCGGCAGCUUAUGGUCGUCAAUUCAUCAGCAUUAAUUGCUCACAGUUGUUCGAGAUAAAUAUUUUCAAAAGGUUACUAUGUGGAAUGGUUGAAUCAGGUUCCUGGUUAUGUUUCGAUCACGCUCAAAGACUCACUCCAACCACUCUAUCUAUAUUGAACCAACAUAUAUCUCAUAUACAGGAAGCAUGUACCACUAUUGAACAAUCUACUAACACUCCAUACACUGUACAUGGAUGUGAUGGGAAAACUAAACUAAAGAGAAGCAACUCAGUGACCACACUCCAUGAUUCAUUAAAAGAUGGAACUACAUUGUCAUGGCAACCACAGAUCUCAGAAUCCUUGCUUAAACUAAUAGAGAAGACACGAUUCGAAGAUAGCGAUGCGAAGGAUUAUUUAUCAGAGCAAUCUGAUCCUCGGAGCAUUGGGAGCAUCAUCUUUGAGAACAAACUACUCCGAGUAAAACCGGGAUUUGCCGUCUUCAUGAAUUUCACUACAUCUGCUGGAUCUUUCCCUGAGCUACCAGAUAGUUUACGUCUCAUGUACCGACCUGCUUGCUUGAUUAAACCAGACAUUCAGAAAUUGAUUGAGGUUUGGUUACAAGCUGCGGGAUUUGCUGACUUUAUCAACUUAUCCCACAAACUACACCUCAUGUACCAACUCAUACAAGCUAACUCUGAUCAUAUAAGUUGUCCAAGCAAAGGAUCUGCAAUUGACUUUUCUGCUACUAAGGUUGCAAACAUUGACCUUUCUACAAUGAAGUCCAUCAUCUCCACCGCAUCUCUUAUCAACUGCAGCCUAAAGUCACAUCAGAGGAGCAGAGCGGAGUCAGUGAACGAACCGGAUCUUCUCGGAGCAAGAACACCUUCCGCAACAUCUUCCUCCACAAGCAUAGGAAGGUCCAGCAGAAGAUCAGAGAUGGUUUUAUCGAAUCAUAAUGAAGAGUUGGCUGUCGUGAACGCAAUUUUUAUUAUUUUUAAUCCAAAAUUAGGAAGUGCAUUUGCUGUUUCAAAAUUCAAGGAAAACUUGAGAAAUAUUUUCCCAAUGAGUUCCAGACCUUCAACAGGACAGAAAGAUUUAAAACUCGCUGCUGAAAUAAAACAGCAGAUGAUAACUGAUGGUUUGAAACCAACAAAUGAAUGGAUUAAUAAAAUAUGUGAAUUACACACCAUGAUAAGACUUAACCAGUGUGUGGUUAUGGCUGGUGCUGCUGGUUCUGGUAAAACAACCAUGUACAGGAUUCUGUCCAAAGCACUCAAUGUAUUAUGCACACACCAGUUGGAAAAAGCAGAUAAUUUAAAUGAUGGAGUGAGAGAUGGUGCAACCACUGAUGCUACUAUGACAAGUUCUGGAAAUUUACUGGAGAAACAAGAAAGAGCUUAUUCUACAACGAGCGUAACUUCAUUCUCUGAUGUAUUCACUGCUCACGGUGAAACUUCACAUAAUUUGCUCAACUUGAAGGAUGAAUAUUCAAGAGUAGACGUUACAGUAUUGUUCCCUAAUGCUUCAAAAAUAUCUGACUUGUUCGGGUAUUUUGAUACCGAUGCCAAUGUUUGGAAGCAAGGUCUUAUAGUGAAAAUGUUGAAGGAUUGCACUAUAAUUCACAAAGAGAAUAAAAAGAACGCAGGAAAAGAGAAAAAGGAAGAAGGUUUGCAACCUUCUGCUGGGGCUGAGAAAGAUGAAAAAGAUGCAAAAAUUAAAUUUCCAAAGUUACAGAAAUGGAUUGUGUUUGAUGGAUCUAUCAACUCAAACUGGACGGAUAGUCUCAACUGUUUAUUGGAUGAUAACCAUCGUGUUCAUAUGAGUAAUAUGGAAAGUCUUACUCUACCUAAAACAACAAGUGUUUUAUUUGAAUGUGCAGAUAUAUCAUCUGCAUCACCAGCUGUGCUAUCUAGAUGUUCAAUAUUGCAUUGCACUGUUGUUGAUAACUGGAGAAAUAUUGCAUCAUCUUGGUUGGAAAAUGCAUACAAUCUAUAUGCUGUCACAAGACACACAGUUAAAGUAUGGAAUGAACUCAUUGAAGAUCUUGUCCCAACCAUUCUCAAGUUUCUUGAACAAAGAAAUGGAAGUGUGCUUACUGCUGGGUUGGACAACGCACAGAGGGGCAAACACGCAAGAGCAUCAGGCAUCCAUGAAAUAACUUCCUUCUUCUCCAUUCUCUCAUCCUGUCUCGACUCUCACUCCAUGAGAAGAUAUCUUCUUGCACAAAACAAUGACAAUGAUGAUGUCACAAUGAACAGAAAAUCGAGUUCGGCGAAUACUAAGGAUGAGACUCAGUCAACCGUGACAAGAGGAAGUGUCCGGUCACGCUUGGAUGAAGUUGUUCCCGACACAAAUCACCAAAUAUCUAUUAAUUUAUUCGGAUUUGCGUUCGUUUGGUCAUUUGGGGGACAUCUUACGGAAAACGAGAUGCAAAAUUUUGAUCUUUUUAUGAGAGAUGCAAUCAGGAAAUCAAGACAUGACUUGGAAUUCCCCCCAUACGAUACUGUGUUCGAUUAUUUUGUGGAUGAAGAAUUUGGUCGGUUCAGUUUAUGGGAAGAUAAGAUUGACCUGAGAUCACGAGUUGUUUUGCAGAAUGGUUCAUCUUAUAUACCAGUGCAUCAGAUGGAGAGGUACGCUUACUUCUCCUCCAUCCUCCUUAACUCCCAGAAGUCCUUGCUUCUCGUCGGUGAUCCUGGAUGCGGGAAGUCAAGUCUCGUGAAAAGUUUGAUGAAACCAGAGAUGGACUUGGUGCAAAUCUCCAUGUCACCUGGUUUGACUGCCGCUCACUUCCAGAGGCUUAUCGAAACCAGAGCCUCACCAACAUUGAAACAACAUAACCUUGGCUUAAUGGCGCACCCUAGUGCUGUGAUGGCAUCACGCACCAUCGAACACCACCAUACCAUAUUUUUCCUCGACGAUUUAUCAUGCACGGGUUCUGUAGUAGAUGACGCCACCAACCAACCUUCUGUGCAACCAACCCUGGAAUUGUUUAGACAGAUCCUUUGCAUCAACGGAGUAUAUGAGCACGACCGACUACUUUUUAAAUCACUAGAUCGUGACAUUGCAUUCAUAAGCACUGCUCAAACACCUGGGGUACCGGGUUCAGGGUCCGGGCAAGUAAGACAAGCUCUGCUUCCAAGUCUUACAAGAAACCUGGUGGUUUUGAAUUUUCUUAAUCCCACUAAAGAGACAAUACUAAGCAUAUACCAUGAUGCAGUUCAAUCCUGGCUUGAAGAGUUUCCAGCAUACUCGCUUGUUCGUCAUUAUGAUCUAUCACAGGCCAUCAUUGCUGGAGCGUUUGAUCUUUACUCGACCAUCAGAUCCCAUUUGAAACCAUCACCAUGGCAACCUCACUAUAUCUUCUCACUACAUGAUAUUUCACACAUCAUGCAGGGAUUAUUCCUGAUGACUCCAAGAGCUCGAGGUCGUCCGAUCCCACUCCGGAGGAGAGGAGGAGCUAAUCAGAUGAAAAGGCCACGAGCAGGAAGACAAAUAGGAAGAUACAGAUCCAAUGCUGCAUGGGGAGGAGAAGCAAACACAAGUGGAGUGCCAGCCAUGAUGAGAACCAUAGUAAGGUUAUGGUUGCAUGAAUGUAGUCGAGUGUUUUACGAUCGUUUGAUUGAUGACCACGACCGACAUUGGAUGACAAGAUCUUUGUUUGAUGUGAUGAAGAAACACUUCUGCACUGGCAAAGACGAGCGUCCCUCCUCUCCAGCUGUUGAAAAAGUUCGCAUCAUAAAAACACCAGUACCAUCUGCUGGUUCAACACCAGUAGCUGGUUAUUCAUCUGGUUCAAGUUCAACUGACUACAUACAAUCUUCUAUGGGAGAGGAAAGUGAUAACUUGCAGCGUGUAGAAUCAGAUGGAAUAGAAUCAGCACAAGACAACUCACUUGAAAUUAUAGACGAUGACACUGUUAGUGCUGAUAGUGCUGUUAGUAAUCCAAUUACCGAUGAAUAUAUGGAUAGUAAUAAUCAGAACAUGGCAGCCAUCAGUGACGAGUCAGUUUCUGAAUCUUUCCAACAAUUCAAAUCCAGAACUUCAGGUUCUGUGGCAACAACUAUCAGCAAGUCAAGCACUUCAACAGCCACACAUGUGAAGAUACCUUCAAUGUCUUCAAUGAAUGAAGAUAUGAGUGAAACGACUACCCCCACACAUGCUGAUGAAUAUGCAUCUCAUGCUAACACUGUGGUCACUGAAGAUGACGACACAAGAUCUGCUGUUACUGGAUAUACCACUGAACUCGAAUCUGUAUUUGAAAGUGGAACAGCAUCAAACCAAUCAAGUACAAGUGAAACAGGAGUGACAUCCUCCACAGCUACUAAAAGUGAGAAGGAAGUUGCUUACACAAAUCAAUUUGCUGGAACCAACAUUCAUCCAUCCUCUGGAGCUAAAGAUCAAGAGAUCACAUUUGAAAAACCUGAUCUCUCUCCUCAAGGAAGACCAAGUCGUCCAGGAGGAGCAAAACUUGGAGUAACGUUUAUGCCGGGAUUAAUAGACGAUGCAGAUGUUGCUGCCAACUUGUCAGGUCCUCUCAUUUCAGUGGAGCAGGUUCUCCAACCAAACGAAGAAUCCACUUCAGUUCUUUUCAGCAGAGGAAUUCUGUCCAGUGCUUUGGGUCAAAGUACAACUGCAGAUGGAUAUGUGGAAAGCACGGAACCUCAGUUGGCUGAAGCUCUUUCACUUUGUCUUGAUGCUUAUAAUAAUGAUUCUUCAAAACAGAACAUGGAUUUGGUCUUCUUCGGUCAAGCGGUGCGUCACGCUGCACGAUUAGCACGAUCAAUGUCAUUAAAGCACGGUGGUCAUGCUCUGCUGCUUUCCACAUCCCGAUUUGCGGGAAGGAAAUCACUGACGCGUCUCAUUGCUCAUCUUACUGGAUCAAAACUUUUCAUGACUGAAAAAUCACAAUGGAAAAGUUUGAAUCGAAAAACUUAUCUAAGACAGUUGCUGAAAGAUGCAAGUUUUGAGGCAGGUGUACGCGACAAACCUGUUAUUCUAAUGUUAGAUGAACCUUUCUCUGCGAACCCUCAAUCGCUUGAUGAUAUAUGUGCUCUUGUGCAAAACGGUCAGUGCCCUGCUUUAUACACACACACAGAGCUGGCGAAAAUUGCAGCAGAAUUUGCGCAAGGCUCCAGUGUUGUGACCGCCACGUCUGAAUCAACUUCUGGUGGAAAGAAAACAGCUCUUGAAAAACUUGACCAGAAUCUAGAAACGUAUUUUUCACGGGUGCUUACCAAUCUACAUGUGGUGGUGCUUGCCUCUUUCCCAAAAAAUGAUGGUCUCCAUGAAGAUUUGUCUCGAUAUAAACCAAAUUCAUUGUUUGGAAACAAUAAUAAACUUCAUUCUUUUCAUCAACUGCUCAAAAGGUGUCCAGAUAUUUUACAUCACUUUUCAAGUGUUGAUUUAUUUCGUGAAUGGAAUCACGAAUCAUGGCAGACGGUCGCUCAUCAUUUCUUACAGAAAAUCUCAUCACGUGAUGACAUGAAACAUGAGAGCGAGUGGCUGCCAUGGUCAUCCAUGUCAUCAAUAGAGCAUCAACUAACCAAUCUCAGUCAUCUUAUGUCGUUUCUGCAUAAAGAUUCACUUUCAAGAGCUAAAGCAUCCCUUCUCCAUGGAGCAGAAGAUAUAUUGAACCCAAUAACAUUCAAACAGAUGAUAAACAUGUUUGAAAGCAUUGCUCGUAUGAUACGAAAACAAGAGAUACAAGUUAUUAACAGAUAUGAAAAAGCUCUGAGAAAGGUCAAUCAAGCGGAUGAUUCUCUUCUUCAAUCCAAGGACUCUCGAGAGCAGCUCCUCCCGAAGUUGGAGUUUGCCCGGGAGCACGAAAGAUCCUGGAAGAAACACGUUGAGGAUGAGAGACAGGAGUACACGGAGGCGAGACAAAGAUGUUCAAUUGAGGAAGACAAUAUUGCGAUGUUGGAAGCUGAGUUGGAACAAUUGAGAAGAGACUCACAAGCUGCAUUUGAUAAGGUGAACCCAAUGCAUUUCUCAGCUGUUGAAAUUCUCUCGUCACUUAACGAAGGAAGUUUUGACGAGAUCAAACGUUACACCAAACCACCAGAUAGCGCUGUUGUAGUAGUGACUUGUUUGUGCCACAUGUUCAAUGUCGAGCCAGCGAACUGGGAAAACGGAAAAGCUCUUAUUAACAAAGACAAAUUCUUCAGAGGACUUGAGUUUUAUGAAAAAGAUAAAAUUCCUGAAAAUAUUUUCCAAAAAAUUCGUUCAUAUGUUCGGUCACCUGAGUUUAAGCCAGAGUACAUCGCAAAGGGAAGUAAAGCUGCAGAAUCACUCUGUAGAUGGGUUCACACAAUUUACAAUUAUUCAAAAACUCUGAGAGCUUUACAACCAAAACUUGCAGCUCAACGAAGAGCUGAAGCAAAAUUGUUUUCUGCUCAAGCUACACUUGGCUCAAAACGUGUCAGGUGUAACCAGAUUAAAGAAGAAUUAGAUUCAAAGAUUCAGAUGCACAAGAACGCAAGUCAUGCCGUAAAGCAAUUUGAACGGGAACUUAAAAAUCUGGAUAAUCAAAUUGAAAAAGCUGAAGUUCUGAUGGCCAACAUGCAAGAACAUGUGGAUAGAUGGAAGAAAGAGAGAGAUUGUUCAAUAUCUAGGUUAGAAUCAGCAAUAGGGGAUGCCUCGCUCACUGCAGCUUGUGUUGCUUACCAUGGUGUAUUACGAAGUGAUCAGAGAGAAAACUCUUUGUUAAGUUGGAUCUACACAUGUAAAAAUGGAUAUAUUGAUCGUGAAAGUAAAUUGCUUGAAAUUCCAACCAAACCCAACAAGUCAACAGAACAAGCUGUUAGUUCCGAACCAUCAUCAGUUUACAGCAAAUCAGAAUCGGAAUCAAUAUGGAGUGAUGACGAUUUUGCAACUUCAUCUGAAAACCUGAGCAGUUCUUCUAAACCUACCCUACUUAAGAUCCGGGAUGACUUUUCCCUCUUUGGCAUCCUCUCAACAUCCGGAGAGCAACGAGGAUGGCACAGGUCCGGUGUUCCUCGUGAUGCGAGAUCUCGUAGCGACAUCCUCCGCAUUCAUGCUCUCAAUCUUCAUCAGAAAUCCUCCUGGUGUUUGUUCUAUGAUCCUGAUCAUCAAGCGGAGACGAGGAUCAACUGCAUUCUACAUCGAUUAAAAUCGGAUAUAGAGAAUAUGGAAGAAGAAGUAAAUCCAUCCGUUGAUCAAUCACGAGUAUCAACAGCAGCAUCAAGCUUGGCUGAGAGUCUUGGGAUCAUAGAAGAUGCGGGAGCAACAUCUUCAUCCUCUUAUCAUAGUGAUACUGCAAGUCCAACUGAAACUGAGAUAACCACAAGCGUGAGCAUGGCUGGUGAUUCCCAACCUGAUCUCCCGGACUCUCGUGCAUCGACUGAAGCUUUAAAAUCACGACUCGUGCGUUUUGCUGACGAGCCAAGUGAUGUUAAUGAUGAGUCAUCCGAAACAGGAGUCGCUCCUAAAGAUGAAGAUGCAAGGGAGAUGGAAGAAGAUCAACUUAUAGAAGUCCAGAAACAAGCGACCCCACCCCCUCUGUCCUUGGAUGAGUUGUGGGUUUGCAGAUCAACUGAUCCUAAUCUUCCCAAUCUCCUCGUGAGCGCCAUGUAUCACGGAGCACACCUCCUCAUCACUUACACUGAGCUCCGAUCCCUCCCAUCCCGUGCUCUCAACAUCCAGAGGAGCGAGAUCAACCCUCGCUUUCGUCUCUACUUGAGUCUGAGCAUCUCCAUCACUCAUGGGAUGCGGGAGUCUCCUGGGAUGUUCCUCCUUCCUCCUGCAUUCUACGCUGUCACGGACUUGUCACUGUCGAGCGAUGGAUUGGAGGAGAAGUUGGAGCAUAUUGUCCUCGCACAGGAGCGGCCGGAGUUCGAAGCACAAAGAAGAUUAAUGGAAGCUGACAUCUUCCACUUGGAGGAGCUAUAUGAGCAGCUGCACGACAAUCUUCUUAUGAAGAUAGCUGAGAUUGAAGGCCCUGUAUUACAUGAUCCUACUGUGUUGAAAGCCAUUCAAAUCUGUAAAAGAGAUGCUACAACUACAAUUAAUAGCUUGCAUGAAACUAAAAUAAUGGAACAAAAUCUAUUGCAGAAAAAAAUUGAGUUGAUUGAAGUGUCCACACACGGUCGGAUGUUGUUUGAUGUCCUUGAGCGAGUCUCGGUGCUUCGCCCUCCUCUAUACAAAUUCCCUGCAUCUCAUUUCAUCCGAUUUUACGAAGAAUGUUUAAAAUCUCGCGUUCGUGGCAAAAGCAGUGGUGGGGCGGCUACUUCUGGUGGAAGUGUGGGAGUUUUGCUUAAGUCAAGAGUUGUAGAACUAAAGCAAGGGCUGACGGACAAUUUGUUAAAAUUAGUUGAGAAGGAAAUGUUUGUUGAAGAUUCUCAGACUCUGUGUACGUUGUUAUCACUGGAGCAACUUAUUAAGGAUAAGAAAAUGACAAGAGAUGAGAUGGUGGACCUUGUUGGUGCUACCAGUAUUGUGGGUGAGAAACCCACAGAAUCCUCUCACGACCUCACCCACCUUCACAAACCUACAUGGUUGGAUUACUCAGGUUGGGAAGAUGUGUUGAGACUUGAGAUGUCACACCAAGCAUUCCUUGGCCUCGCUGACUCUAUGUCAACAAAACCAAAGCGUUGGAAGGAAUAUCUCACUUCACCACCUGUGUUGUUGGGCAGGGUGCCAUGCAACAAGCUACACAGGUUAUCACUUGGUCAAAAAGCACUACUAUGGAAAACCCUGGUCCCUGAUGUGCUAAGUAAAGUGAUAUCCGAUUUGAAUACGAGCGUGCUUGGUGGAGUAACAACCAAACCAAAUACUUUCUACUUAUCAAGUGUCUUACCCAGCCUUGCACAUAAUAAACCAUGUGUUUUUGUUUUACCUCAAGCUCCAAAAGACACCUGUUUCAUUCCUUCUAUUGAAGUGAAAGCACUCGCUCAAAAGAAAAAAAUCACUUUUCUACAAAGGUCUGCAAGUUUUGAAAAUGAUCUUGGAGGCUUACUUGAACGAUGCAUGGUGCACGGGCAUUGGUUGAUGCUGGAGAACUGUCACCUGGAGCAAAAGUGGCCAGCCAAGUUUUUGAGGAUUCUUUCCACAGUAGCAGAUGCUGAUGCUUACUCAGAUGCAGAAUAUCGAUUGAAGAUGCCGCAUAUCACAGUUGUGAGACAGGAUGAAGUUACUAUGAGAUCCGUUGCCACUUUAACUGAUGAAGAUGGCCAAGGGAGGAGUCGCGGUUCUGAAAUCACAGAGGAAGAAGUGAUCAUGAGGAGUAACAUCCUCUGCCAUGAUCAAUUCAGGUUAUGGAUGGUUUACAGAGACACUUCAGAUCUUGAGAGAAAUUUCCCUGGGGUUUUACUGAGCAACGCAAAAUUCGUCACGCUUGAAAUUCCAACUGAAAACAGGGAUUUGGUGAAGAAAACACACCAGCGUAUUGUGGCUGCUGCUGAGGGCAUUCAACAUCCAAAGCAAGCUGCUGUUCAAAACAUUGGGCCAAGUUACUGGAAUCGAAUUGCGUUGCCGUAUAACUUAACAGCAGCCAUGACGAAAGAAAUCAGUUCAAUCGAAGUCAAAAAUAAGGUGAUGGUGCAGCUAGCUGUUUUACACAGUAUCUUGCUGCAGAGAUCCAUGUACAAUAAAAUGGAUUCAGUUUCAAUGUGGACAGAUGGAGAGUUAGAAAGUUCAGCAAGACUUUUAAUGAUGGAUCACGAUAAAACUGCAAGAAGUUUAUCCAAGUGGAUGAUGACUGGACAUAUUUUCGAACAAAGAGAAUUUGACAUCGUGCGAACCAUCGCAAACGAAUAUAUGAAUCAUCAAACUGAUAAAAUAAAACAUAGAAACCUUAAGUCGAUUCUGGGUAAACUUUCACAGCUAGGUGGAGGUGUUGAGCAAUGCUUCGAAGUUCUUUUGCAGAAACCAAACUUUCAAGACCUGGGUCUCCACCCAGCUGCAGAAACGAUGACAACUUUAUAUAACAGCAGGAGAAUCAGCCAUGACUUAGAGUUUGUUGUUUCAACUGAACUGAUAAGGAAAGGCAGAAGUGUAAAGGCGGACCAACCAUCCAUGUUACCUUACUUUGCUGUUCAUAUAAAAAGAACAUUAGACAAUUACAUGCAGCAGAUACAAGAAACGCGAGUUCCUGAUACAAACAACAGCAUUAUGUCGGCACCAAUGAUGGAUUUUUUCUCAGCGGAGGUCCAGAGGAUUCACUCAGCUAUUUAUAUAAUUAGAACAGACCUAAAUCUCUGUUUAAGUAUGCUGAGAGGUGACUUAGAGUCGAGUUCACAGCUAUUAGCAUUGACAGAGGAUAUAGCUGUUGACAGACUUCCACGCUCGUGGCUGAAAAAACAUCACUCUCUUUUUAAAUUCCACUCGAACCAAUCUCUUUCAAUGUUUAUAAAACACCUUGAUAAACGUGCAGAGUUGUUGGGGAAAUAUAUAAACCACGCUGUCAGCUCUGCUACCAAUAUUAAAGUACCUGUCCCAUCAUCGAGUGUAAUAAAAGACCAUGAAUCUGCCAGCAGCAGAUGUUCAUCAGCAACCCAAACAUUGUUUGCAUACAACUUGGCAGCUUUUACACGACCAGAUCUAUUUCUACAGAGUUUGCUUUUCUCCACUGCAAGGGCAAAGUUUCAGGAUUCACACAAAUGCACAUUUUCCAAAGAAUUCAUCUUUACCACAACUGUACUGAUACCUGUGGAUGGGAAGUUACAAACACCUGGAGAUUUUGAAACAGUUUUCAUUGAAGGGCUUUACUUACACAAGGCAAUGUACAACAAAAAGACGGGCAUUUUGCAAGAAAGCAAAAUGCUCCGUAAAUACAAAAUGCCUUUGCUAAAACUCACGGCUGAAAAAAAAUCAAUCCAUAGAAGGUCUAAGAUACUAGAUCAAGAAGAACAAGUCAAAUAUGAUUGUCCAAUUUGGAUAAAUGAAGAAGAGAACCCAAGAAUGUGUUCAGCACAAGAUGUGCUUACAUUUGUUCAGAUUCCAACAGACCAAGACCCUGAGCAGUGUUUAACCAAUGGCGUUUCCAUUUGUUGCAGCCUUACUAAGGAGUAAUUAUUCUAAUUUCAAACCCUUUUCAAUUUAAGCACUGUUGAAGUAGCUCUAUGCAACUUGCAUAUGUAAAUGAUACUAAAACUUUUUUUUUACCUUUUGUGCCAAUGUAGUUGCCUGUGUCAAGUUAAAAAAGUUUCACUGUGUAAUCUUAAGUGUGUGCUGUGUUUUAAAUGUACCAGUGUUGGUGUAAAAGUUCAUUUUGUAUUAUAGCUGUAAUUGGCAUUUUAGAUAACUGUUUAAUAAUUAUAAAACUUUUUUUUUACCUUUUGUGCCAAUGUAGUUGCCUGUGUCAAGUUAAAAAAGUUUCACUGUGUAAUCUUAAGUGUGUGCUGUGUUUUAAAUGUACCAGUGUUGGUGUAAAAGUUCAUUUUGUAUUAUAGCUGUAAUUGGCAUUUUAGAUAACUGUUUAAUAAUUAUAAUUUAGUUUCUAUAAUACACCAAUUAUAUCUGUACGAGAAAAAAA